AGCCACUGCGUACGAAAAAAAAAACCGCUUGCUAAAAAUAAGGAAAAACACAAAAAAAGGCAACCAAGCAAGGUUACAAAACUCACUAUGAAAAAAAGAAAGGGUUAAUGGAAGCAAGCUUAUACUAAACAUCAUGGCUGUAGCCAAAUAAAUCCGCCAAACAGAUUCAAGCAUUUUUAUGACAAGUAGGAUGCAUAAUAGGUGUUGCAUAUAAAAUUGGAAAAUUACCCCUAAGGCCAUGUGACGGUUCAGUAGAAACUGUAGAUUUAUCAGUGAAAGACUUCACUAUCAGUGAAACAAUCAGUGGCUUCACUCACUGAGUUAUCAGUUUAAAAAAGAUGUGUUAUUGACGCGUACGAAGAAAAACAAUUUAUCAUAAACGGCAGAGUUAUCAGUUUAAAAAAGCUAUGUUGCUGACGCAAAAGGAAAGCCAUGUUUGAUUUAUUCUCCAUAAAAAAUGACAGGGACCGAUCGUCUUAUGAGAUUCUACUUACUGCUAUUUCUUACGAGUUCUUCAUAGAUUCUGCUAAGGGCGUUUCAUGCUAACAACCGGACUUGAAUAUGCUAGUUGACUGAACUUUUACAAGUUCACAAAGAUGCGUUCGGUGUCGGUGCCUUAGGACCGCAAUGAAAUCCAAAACUGAAAAUGUGACUCGAUUACACAAAGUGUACUAUCCAUACAUUUUUUGUUGUUGACCACACCCGAAGUGCAGGGUUAAGUUUGGUAUUGCAGAAUCCAUCUCUUACGGGAGUCAGUCCUUUUAGGGGUUAUUACAAACGUUACAGUUAUUAGUUAAAAAAUCUUUAACUAACUGACAGUUAUAAGAAAACUAUCUUACUGACCGGCGUAGGAAACAUGAUAAGUUUAUUAUAAAUGGCGAAGUCAUCGGUUUAAAAAGCUAUCUUCCUGGCGCUUAGAAGACAUAAACUCCGUCAAAAACAGACAGGUAAUAAAAAUAAGCUGGUGAUUACACGCCUAUGGGAACCAUCAGAAGACUUUUUUUAGUUCUAGAUCUCUAGAUUGUCUCGCUGUCGUUCUGAUUUAUUGACCGUUCUAAUAACUUUUCCUUUGCAGGUGUUGAGUGUAGUCCUCUUUGUAGACGUCGGCCUCGACUUAACUAGAAUCAUAAUUUUACAAAAUCUGAAUUGGAAAUUUUUCGGGGUUAUAUACUUAUAGGAUGCGACGUUCAAUUGUCUUGUUGGCGUGUUAGAAUAUAUAUCAAUAUAGAGUAACAAUCCAUAUAGUCCGAUACUCUAUGUUCGAGCAGUGUCCAGGAGCGGGGCAUGAAUGAGAAAUGCACACUCCCCAUCAGGAUCCUUAGUGGAUUUAUCAUAAAAGGACGUGUUUUUCAGAUUCACUUAUAACUCUGGAGGACCAUAUUCGGGACGCUUGCAGUUUCUUUAUACGCAAGAAUGUAGGUAUAUUUAACAAUUAUACCAUUUCCAUUAAGGUGGAUAGUGGCGAAAUAUCUACCGAGAGCCAAUUGUAAAGCCACUAUCCGCCGAAUUUCGGGGCACAGGAAAAUAUAUAUUUUUUAGAGAAGGUGUAUAUUGCAUUUUAUCCCGAGUUUCUCAACCAAUCAAACCGCUUGUUAGAACCCCGCUAACUCGAACGGUGAGAGAAUUGAGAGUCGUGCGUUGUCGAAAUACUUAGGAUUAGAAACGUUCUUUCUUAUUUUGUUUAUUAAAUAAUUCCAAAUCAAAAACACAAACGGCAUCCGAGUUGAGUCAACAACGCUCACUGCACUUAAAAUAAAUCGGUUGAUCUUAUUGCAAAUUCUGGGCAUGGCGCGCAGUGAAUUGCGCGUAAUCUUCUUAUAAGAGGGGAAGCAAGUCGGCAAGACUAAAAGAGGGAUGGGGAAAUUAGUUGCGUAUGUCGUUUGUGCAUACAGUUUAAGGGUUACAGUGGGCCACGCUAAAGAGUUCCCUACUAACAGUGGGUUCUCUUUUCGGGACACAUUUCUCUGUUUUUCGGCUAACCCAGCGUUCAAGCAGGGGAACUUGAUGAUUGAAACUUUAUCAUUCUUUCAGUAUAUAUCAAGUGAAUAAAAAGAUCUAGCCAUAAAGAUUAACGUGAGACUCUCCAGGCUAGCUUUCCUCUCUCCGCCAAGGGACCGACCAUUUGAUAUCUGCGGGGAGGUGACCAUUGAACAGGGCGGACAGGAACUUCACACAAAAUAUUCACUAUGUCACCGCGAGAAGGAAAGAGAAACGCCGAAUAUGACAGACAGCUGGGAGAGAUUUGAAGUACCACCACAAGUAUAAAUUCUAUCGUCUAUUACCGAAAAACCGGAACGAGAAAAAGCAUUGCUCAAGAAACCCCAAAAAGAUUGAAGCGCUAAACACGUUAUGUAGUGACGAGCUAAGUAAAGCCUAUAAUCAAGCCAAGGAAACAUGCGAAAUAAUACUACAGGUGUCAGAGAGGAUCUCGCUAGUGACAAUGGGUUUUUCUACGCCCGUCUUAUCUGCUAUGUGCUCAUAUUCAUCAUUGGUGUAAUCGGGAAUAUCUUGGUUUGCUUGGUCGUGUGCCGACAACGGAAGAUGAAAAACGUCACUAACUACUUCAUAGUGAACUUAGCCGCGGCCGAUUUGGCUGUCCUUCUGAUUUGUAUACCGUUCGACUUCGGGGAAAUCAUCACGAACUAUUGGCCGUAUGGCUCCAUUAUGUGCAAGUUGGUCUACCCCCUGCAGACUAUGGCCACCACAGCGUCAGUCGGUACCCUUGUCGCCAUCAGCCUUAACAGGUUUAUGGCGAUAGUGUACCCCUUACGCCCCCAGCUGACCACCACGGAUGCCAAGAAGGUAAUCACGGUUGUGUGGGUGCUGUCGCUAGCGCUCGUGUCACCGUACAUCGCGGUGCUAAGAAUGCGAGGUCAGCACUGUCAAGAGACGUUCGAGGAGCGGGGAAUGCAAGCAGGGGCGUACACCAUGGCAAUAUUCCUGCUGCAGUACGUGUUGCCGUUGACCCUUAUUGGCUUAUCUUACGUAAGAAUUGGCCGGGAUCUCCGACGGGACAAGGGCUCAUAUUCCAACGACGCGCUGCAAAGAGAACAAGAGAAAGAAGCGCACAAAGUAGUCAAGGUCCUAACGGGCGUGGUCAUUACAUUCGCACUACUCAUGCUUCCUAAUCACGUGGUUUUUAUAUGGAUAGACUUUGGAAGAGGAGGUGAUCACGAAUACGUGAAUCAAAUCGUGUCUCUCGGACAGAUCCUUGUCUACUUCAACAGCGCGACAAAUCCGCUCAUCUACAACGCCGUCAACGAGCAAUUUCGUGAGGGAUUCCGUCUGUACUUCAAGUCUUGGAUUGAUUUAUUACUCAAACAGCACCGUGACUCUAUGGCGGUAAGUGGAGAUGGGCGACCGCGUCGGGGACUGGGCAAAUGCGCCAUGUGCGCUAGCGACGCGGACACCGACGAGGAUGUAGCGCUGAAUGGUACAUGCAUCUCAAACUACCGACGCGAUAACAAUAACGGGAGCUGUGCUUCAUAUUCACCAAAAACUAAUGCGUCUGAAGUGAAUAUGACACAGGCCGACGAGGUGACAAGGUCGCUGACAAAAGUCUAGAAAGCGAGCAAGGCGUCUGUUCCAGACGAACUGAGAAUGCCAUCUGCAGCACAGCCCGCCACUAAAGAAGUGUUACAGAUUGGGCAGCUGAUAACUUGAGACUCCAGAGACAGUAAAUCCGCUUUUAAAAACGCGAUUUAGAUCAAAGCAGGCAAGUGGCAGUCAAAUGCGGUAAAAACCGUCGGGAUCCCAUCGUUCAACACGUGGUCGGACAAGUGUUUGUAGAAGAGCACCCUUAAAACCCGACUCUAGAUGGGGCUAGAGUCAACUGAAGCCGUACAUGAAAAUGAUCCGCUGUUAAAAUAUUUGUAGGCGAGAAAUUAUGAAGUAGAGUAGACAGCAAAACAAUGUUAAGAUAUUACGCGCAUCCUCCUUCCCUCCACUACUCGUGCGUGUGGUUGGGUCAUUUGUUAUUGAAGGAUCGUCAGAUACGCCAGCUUGUUCUGUGUUUAAUCUACAGUUUGCAACAGAGUGACAGAAUGGGGUCGUAGGCAGGUCGCAUACAGCUAAAUAAAGAUGUGUAAAUCAGCCUCUACGUUUAGUGCCAUUUUGUCUUCCUACACACAUUUGCUUUGCUCCCAACGUAUCAUGACGGGGGUGAGAUACAUAUUACAAACUUUCGGGAUAUAUUGGCAAAUAAAUCCCCUUAUCUGAAAAACACCAAUGUACAAAUAUAUAUAGAAUAAAGACGCACCUCCGAAUGAUGA